AUGGGCGGUUAUUUUGCUUGGCCGGGUAAGAACAGCUCUAUAAAAAUAGAAAGGAUCUGCAGCUUGAGCUGUAAAGAAUAUUGUAAUAAUGAAAAAAACAUGCCUUAUUCAUUUAAUGACCUUUUGCAGAAUCUGAAGAAUGCAAACAAGGAUGAUUCCAACAUUGCCAUUACUAAACCAGCUCUACUGAAAUCUCUCGACGCUCUUGCCCUGAAUAAUGAGAUCUUGUCUAAGCCAUUUGGUAAAGUGACAAUCUAUUGUUGUGUCGAGCAGAAACCAUGCCAAGAAACCUCAGAAAAUGUGACAUGGGAUGCUGUAAAUGAGUUGAAAAUGGAAUUAGUCAACUUAGACAAAGAUUUGAAUGAUUGGCAGAAGCAAAUGACUGCUUUACACAAAUAUCCAGAUAAUUUAACCUUACUCAAAGAAAUUUUUCUUUUAGAACAAGAACUACUAGAACUUCAAUCCAUGACAAAGCAACUGAAUAAUAGUACAAACUUCUGUAGUCAACAAGAAGUUAAAUGUUUCAUGGAAAUGGAAAAACAAAUCGAAUCUGAAUUGGUUAAAAGAAAAAAACUUUUGAAACAGAUUGUUUUAGUAUUGAAAGAUGCUGUAAAUCCGUCCAAUAUGAAUGAAUUUCUAGUAUGUAUAUACGACACGAUACUUCUGUCUCAUAUGACUUUCUACUAA